AUGAUGGAAGAUGAAACCAUUCAUGAGUUUCACAUGAACAUCUUGGAGAUUGCCAACACCUCAGGAGCACUGGGAGAAAAGAUGUCAGAAGAAAAACUGGUGAGGAAGAUUCUCAGAUCCUUGCCUAAAAGAUUUGCAAUGAAGGUAACUGCCAUAGAGGAAGCCCAGGACAUUAGCAAGUUGAAAGUGGAUGAACUUAUUGGGUCUCUUCAGACUUUUGAGAUGGGGAUCACUGAUAAUGGUGACAAGAAGAACAAAAGCAUAGCACUUGUAUCCAACACUGAUGUUGAAUACAAGGAGGAUGAAGAAGAAAACAUAUCAGAAGCUAUUGCCAUGCUUGGAAGACAGUUCAACAGGCUCAUCAAAAGAAUGGACCCAAAGUCAAGGUCUAAUGUUCAUAACAUUCCCUCUGACAUUGACAGUUCCAGCAGAAGACCAAGGUCAGAAGAUAAGGGAAACCAAGGCAGAGGUAUUCAAUGCCAUGGAUGUGAAGGAUAUGGACAUAUUCGAGCUGAAUGUCCUACCUUUCUUAAGAAGCAAAAGAAAGGAAUGACUGUUACUUGGUCUGACUAUGAUUCAGAAAGUAAUUCUGAAGAAGAAUCUGCCAAACUAGUUACUGCCCUAACUAGUGUUUGUACUUCUGAAAGUGACACUAGUGAUGAAGAAGUGACAUUUGAAGAACUGGCUGAUACCUACAAGAAAUUGUGUAUCAGAAGUGCUGAAGUCUGUGUGCAGAAUGAGAAACAAUCAAAACUCAUUAUAAAGCUGGAGGCUGAAAAAAGGGCAAAUCUUGAAACUAUAAGUCAUCUAGAAGGAGAAGUUCAACUGCUGAACUCACAACUGAAUCAAAUGACCAAAUCUGUCAAGAUGUUGACCAAUGGAACAGACAAAUUGGAAGAGAUCCUUCAGGUUGGACAAAAUGUGGGAAAUAAAUCUGGACUAGGAUUUAUGGAAGCAAAGAAAUCUGGUACUGGUAAGCAAAUGUCAAAACGGAUGUCUCAACACAACUCUCAACAUCAGGAACAGAGACAUAUGAAGAAAAGGUACCAAAGAUGGAAAUGCCAUCAUUGUGGUAGAUAUGGCCACAUAAAGCCCUUCUGCUUCAGAUUACAUGGAUACCCUAAUCAGAUCUCAGGUGUCAAACCUAAGUCUAAAAAGGUACCACAUGCUCCUCAAUGGAAGAAAAAGACUACUGCACUGAUAGCUCACACUUCCCUGAGGGUCUCUGCAAAAGAAGACUGGUACUUUGACAGUGGAUGUUCCAGACAUAUGACUGGAAUCAAGAACCUCCUCAAUAAUGUUAAGCCUCACACCACCAGUUUUGUGACCUUUGGAGAUGGGGCUAAAGGUGAAAUCAAAGGAGUUGGUGAUUUGGACUGCCCUGGAGUUCCAAGUCUGAAUGAAGUACUGCUGGUGAAAGGACUGACCGCUAAUCUCAUUAGUAUCAGUCAACUGUGUGAUCUAGGAUUCAAGGUCAAUUUCUCAAGAUCUGAAUGCCUUGUAAUCAAUGACAAACAAGAGAUAGUAAUGAAAGGAGUCAGAUCCAAAGAAAAUUGUUACUUGUGGGAGGCUGAGAACACUAAUUCCUCAUCUGUGUAUUCCAUUGCAAAAGAAGAAAAAGAGGUGAAACUGUGGCAGCAUAAGCUUGGUCUCCUUCAUCUAAGAAGAAUGAAGAGAGCUAUCUCUAUGGAAACUGUCAGAAGAACUCCAAAACUACAGGUUCUUCGAGGCAGGAUCGCGACAAGGGUAAGAUGGCUUAGCUUGUCGAUGAUGUUUCCUGGCGAUGUUUUGUUGUUCUUUAUCAUUCUGUUUUGUACCCUCGAGAUUAUCUAUCAGUACUUAUGGGAUUUUUAUUGUUUUAGCCAUGACAGUUUCAACAAUUUGUAA